AUGGCGGACCCGAAUACCGCCGUCCAGACCUUUUUCUCCAUGAUGGAGGAUCAAGGUGGGGUGGUUGUCAAAGAUCCCCCCAAAUUUGACCUCGAGGCGUACAUCUCGAAUUACCAAGGCCGCACUCGCUUCGACCGCCUCCUUCUGAUCGGCAAAUGCUCCAAGGUUCUAUGUGUCGAUGCCCUGAAGGCAGCUGUGAGCGAAGCAUUGAGUGGGAAGGACGUCCAACGGUACCGAGAAGCAUGGGAUUGCAUCCGCGUCGCCGGUCCCAACGAACCCGAAGCAGUCUUUGACGAAGCUUGGGUCAAAGGAACCGUGCAGUCCAAUGCAGCAGAGACUCACCGACUUGAGGCCGAACUUAGGGGCUAUAAAAACAACCUCAUCAAGGAAAGCAUCCGGAUGGGUAACGAAGAUCUUGGAAGGCAUCUUGAAGCCACCGGCGACCUUUCAGGCGCAGUCGAAGCCUACUCUCGAAUGCGACCCGACAUCAGCACUGCGAAGCAUAUCAUUGACGUAGGCAAGCACCUCGUCGACCUUGCCGUCCAGAGGCGUGAGUGGGGCCACGUAAUUGCCAACGCGGCAAAGAUUUCGGGGUUCCCGAACCCGGACGACGACAAGGUCGUACAGCCGUACUUGCGGACUAUGCAAGGCAUUGGGCUUUUGGGCCAGGGAAAGUAUCGCGAGGCUGCCUACAGCUUCCUCAUGAUUGAGGGAGCCGCCACUGCUCAAGCAACCCAAAAUGACUUUGUGACUCCCAACGACGUGGCAGUCUACGGAGGUCUACUCGCCCUUGCCACGAUGAAUCGCAAGGAGCUCAAGAUUCGGGUCUUGGAAAAGUCCAACUUCCGCGCUUUCUUGGAGCUGGAGCCUCAUAUUCGGAGGGCAAUCACCCAGUUCGUUAGCGGCAGGUAUUCGGCAUGUCUGGAGAUCCUCGAGUCGUAUCGGGCCGACUACCUGCUGGACAUCCAUCUUCAGAAACACAUCCCAACCCUCUAUUCGCAGAUUCGGAGCAAAUGUAUCGUGCAGUAUCUCGUUCCUUUCUCCUGUGUCACACUUGAGACUAUGAACAAGGCUUUUGCUCCUCCUGGUCAGUCUAUCGAGCAGGAGCUUGUGGCCAUGAUCAAGAGUGGAGCACUUCAAGCUCGAAUCGACACUAUCGACAAGCUGGUUACAACCCCCAAAGCACAGCCGAAAGCAGCGAUGCAAGCCUCUGCUUUGCAGACAGCAAAUAAUUUCGAAAAGGAAGCACUUGACCGGAUCCGAAGAAUGAGCAUCUUGUCUGCCGACCUCGAGGUCAAGGGCCCUCGAAAGGGUCACUCCGCAUGGGAGAGGUCCAGCGGUGCAACAGAGAGCUGGUAUGCCCCGGAUCAAGCUGAAAUGGACUAG